AACUAUAUUUAUUUUGUAAUAGUUUGUUUGUUUUAUUUUUAAUGCAAAAUGAAUAUUUUUUUAAGUUAUAUGUUUAUAUGACCUAUCCCGACCUUGGCUCUAUAAUAAAAUACUUGUUCUAUGAAUCGACCUGUCUUGUCCGGACAUGCACCUAUAAUAAAAUACUAAAAUACCCAAUGAGUAGAUAACCCCCCAUGCCAUUCAUAAUUCGCAAUUCGGAUGUUUUGUUUUCUCUUCUUCACAAUUAGCCACAGUUCCGAUUUCCACAUCCUCUUCCCAAAGAUCCUUCCGUUCCAAAAAGUUUUCUAAAAAAAACUCCAAAUAGAAAACGACAGGAGACCUUUAAAUUUGCUCGUAUGGAGGAGGAUAAUGACUUGAUUAGUAUUUAUUUUUUAGGUUACAGGCUCCCGUUAUGUAGACUCGUGAACCUUUUCUGCAUGACCCUCUUCUCUUGUGUCUCUCCAAUCUAUCCAACUUCUCAGCUCCGACUGUGCCCCUAUAUCCAUGGUUUCCCUUCAUCCCAUCUUCUCUUCUCCUCCGCUUCUAAAGCUCGACACUUUGAUUCCGUAACAGAAAAGCUCGCGACUUUGUUUGACCAAUCCCAAGCAAAGGAGAAAAAAAAAUCACCCCCCACACUAACAAAUGGGUUGCCUCAUUGUCAUCUCACUCCACCUAAUUAUGCCACUCUUAUUAUGGAGCUUCACGCCCGACCAUGUUAAUGGCGAUUUCCCAACGACCCUCCAGGGCCCCUUCGCCCCCAUUUCUGCACCUCUUGCCAGCAAAUACUUCACCGGGAAUGCAAUUGAUUUGCCUGCCGACGACGACCAAGUGGGAAGGAACGUAGAGGGUUUCCAGCCUGAGCAAAUCUCUGUCUCCUUGUCUUCAAAUUAUGACUCCGUCUGGGUCUCUUGGAUCACAGGUGAUUCCCAAGUUGUUUACGACGAACCCGACUCAGUUGCCAGCGUGGUUCAGUGUGGAGUUUCAGGGUAUGCAAUGGACUAUGAAGCACGAGGCUAUUCCACUGUCUACACUCAGCUUUACCCUUUCCAAGGCCUCCAGAACUACACCUCUGGAAUCAUACACCACGUUCGCCUUACAGGAUUGGAACCUGCAACACUUUACCAAUACCAGUGUGGAGAUCCAUCCAUAGAAGCAAUGAGCAGUGUGUUUUACUUCAGGACAAUGCCGGUUUCCAGCCCCACAGAUUAUCCACCGAGAAUAGCGGUGGUGGGAGAUUUAGGGCUCACUCAAAAUAGCAGCACAACAGUGGACCAUAUCCUCACCAACCAUGCUGAUCUUGUGGUCUUGGUUGGGGGAUUAAGUUAUGCUGACAUGUAUCUCACCAAUGGAACUAGCUCUGAUUGCUAUGCUUGCUCCUUUUCGGAUACUCCCAUCCAUGAAACUUAUCAGCCACGAUGGGAUUGCUGGGGAAGGUUGAUGCAGACUCUAACGGCUAAUGUUCCAACAAUGGUAAUUGGAGGGAAACAUGAGAUAGAACCACAAGUUGAUGAUCAGAUAUUCGUGUCAUACAGUUCCAGAUUUGCGUUCCCGUCUGAAGAGAGUGGUUCAUCUUCCACACUCUAUUACUCUUUCAAUGCAGGAGGGAUCCAUUUUGUGAUGCUCAGUCCCUACACUACUUUUGACAUGUCAUCUGACCAGUAUAAAUGGCUAGAAACAGACUUGUACAAUGUUGACAGAGGGCAGACCCCAUGGCUGAUAGCGGCUUGGCAUCCUUCAUGGUACAGCACUUUCAGAGAACAAUACCGAGCUGCUGAGUGCAUGAGAGUUGAGAUGGAGGACUUGCUGUACAGCUAUGGAGUUGACAUAGUCUUCAAUGGCCAUGUUCAUGCAUAUGAGAGAUCAAACCGGGUCUACAACUACACUCUGGAUCCUUGCGGUCCAGUUUAUAUCACCGUGGGAGCUGGAGGGAGUCGUGAGAUGAUGGCCAUAACACAUGCUGAUGAUCCUGGUUACUGUCCGGACCCAUCUCUUACCCCGGACACCGAUAUUGGUGGGUUCUGUGCCUUCAACUUCACUUCAGGGACCACUUCAGCUGGGAAAUUCUGCUGGGAUCAGCAGCCCGAGUAUAGUGCGUACAGAGAAACCAGCUUUGGACAUGGGAUUCUAGAGGUGAAAAAUGAUACAUAUGCUCUGUGGAGUUGGCACAGGAAUCUGGAGUUCGCUGAAUUUGCUGGCGACAUUGUUUACAUAGUUAGAGAACCUGAAAGGUGCCUGCGUGGAUAAACCCACAGAAGCAUUGGCAGGCAGUAAGUAAGUAAAGGUAGUUGACAGUGCAAGUUGAGAGAUCCUCGGAAACGAAUUAUAGAACCAGGAGAAUAGAAUUUACAUUAGGAGUUAUUUAUUAGAAGAAACCCACAGUCGGGUUUCGUUAGGAGCACCAAAUGACUGAAUGAAGCGUGGCAAGAAUCAAGAGAGAAUCAAUAUGAUCUCCUAUCAAGGAUCAUGAAUUGAAUUGUAGACCUACAAGUAUAGUGACUACAGUAGGGUUAUUCUAGAUACAAUUGGUAACCAUCCGAGAGAAAAAUGUUGAGAGAAAGAAAGAAAGAAAGGGAAAGAAAAUUGAAGAUCUGUUUCUGCCAUUCUAUUCUGAAGCUCUCUCUGAAAAUUGAUACUCACUCCAGGAAUCAACAAAAGAAGGCCAGCUUCUGCAACCUUUUUCUCUGACAAAACUGUGGCAGCUUUUCCAGUGUUUGGAAGAGUAGCUGCUGCCUUGGCUCAACAGGUUGGUUUAGAAUUCAGUUCAGAAACUAAACAAGAGUAGGAGCACAAAGGCAGCAGGCAGUAGCAUUGCAAUGUCCAUGGGUCUGAUGGAAGCUUUGGAGUUGUCGGUGGGCAUCGGUGGAGAAAGGUCGGUGAUGGUGGUCGGAGUAGUAGUGGUGGUCACCGGCGGUGUGAGCGAAUUGGGGUUAGUUGUCGGCAUUGUGGGUGUAGCUGCCCCUCCUGCCGCGCUGGAUAAGAUUGCAGUGCAUCAGAGAAACAUGCAGGAGCAUUAUUCAAAUGCAAAGUCAUUCACAAAGCUGUUUGAUGAGUAGGUACAAGACAUGGAGAUGAAGGAGGUCCCAUAUACAGAACCAGGAGAUCCCCUGUCAAACCCCUAAACCAAACAACAAAAUCAUUCAUUUUGC